GCCCUAAGCGGAGGAAGGACGGGCUGUAAGAUGGCGGCGGCGGAGGAGCGGCUCCUGUCGGAGGGGGAAGGCGGCGCCCCGGGCUCGGCGCGGCUCUCCCCGCCCCCGCUCUCGCAGUCUCCCGAGGCCCCGGCGCCCUUAGAGCAGCCGCCUCAGAGCAACACGCUGAUGGGGCUGCCCAUCGUGGCCAUCGAGAGCAUCCUCAGCUUCCUGUCCUACGACGAGACGAGCCAGCUCCGUCUGGUUUGUAAACGAAUGGACUUGGUUUGUCAACGAAUGUUAAAUCAGGGAUUUCUAAAAGUGGAGAGAUACCACAACUUGUGUCAAAAGCAAGUUAAAGCUCAGCUUCCAAGACGAGAGUCAGAAAGAAGAAACCAUUCGUUAGCUCGUCAUGCAGACAUCCUUGCUGCUGUAGAAACAAGACUCUCUUUGUUAAAUAUGACUUUCAUGAAGUAUGUGGAUUCCAAUCUCUGUUGCUUCAUACCUGGAAAGGUAAUAGAUGAAAUUUACCGUGUGCUAAGGUAUGUAAACUCUACAAGAGCUCCUCAGAGAGCUCAUGAAGUUCUUCAAGAACUGAGGGACAUUUCUUCCAUGGCUAUGGAAUAUUUUGAUGAGAAGAUUGUUCCAAUCCUGAAAAGGAAGCUUCCUGGGUCAGAUGUAUCAGGACGUCUGAUAGGAGCUGCCCCAGGAAUUUUAAUAAAAACAACAUUCCCAAGCUCAAACUCCAGUAUGAUUUUAGGACUUAGGAAGAAUGAGUAUACAUCAUCAUGGAAAAUAAAUCCCCUUCUUCUAAAAAUUCCAGGGCCUUCUGCAGCACUAACAACAAUGCAGCUGUUCUCCAAGCAGAAUCCUUCAAGACAGGAGGUCACCAAACUCCAGCAGCAAGUAAAAGCAAACGGUGCAGGAGUGACAGUGCUAAAACGGGAAAUCUCAGAGCUUCGCACCAAAGUGCAAGAGCAACAGAAACAGCUCCAAGAUCAAGAUCAGAAACUGCUAGAGCAAACCCAAAUCAUAGGUGAACAGAAUGCCCGAUUGGCUGAGCUUGAACGCAAGCUGCGAGAGGUGAUGGAGAGCGCAGUAGGAAGUUCUUCGGGUUCUGGUUCAAAUGAACAAUCUCCUAGAAAACGGAGGAAGGCGGUUGAAUCCACAGACUGUCCUAGGAAAUCUAAACGCCUUCGAAACAGAAAAUAACCUGGGGAGUCACUGACGCCUUUGGGAGGAUACACUGCUUUAGUAGCCCGAGCAGCUCUGCUCGUUUGGAUACUGUGAUUAGCUUCAUGGUGUCACGUAGGCUGCUGGCUCUUCAACACACCACUUAGACUUGAACGUGAAUUUUCUCUCAUUGAGACUUUUCCCCUGCUUUCUGGAUGGGUGGGCCUAAUGCACAGGAUCUUUAAGAUUUGCAAUAGAUACAUACUAACCAGACCUGCUCUGUUACCAUUUUGAAGGGUUAACCCCCCCCCCCUUUUUUUUUUUUUUCCGUGCAAAUGUGUUGAAAGUAAACUUAUUUGUGUUUAUGCGUAUGUUCACAUAAAAUCUUAAAUAAAUUCAGUCUUAACUGACUAAAAAGUUGAGCUUAAAAACAGAUGUCCUGUUCACUUGAAGAAAAGACACGCUUUUAAAAUCAUGUUUUAGAGAACUUGACUUUUUUUGUUACAAGUGACCUUGUCUGGAAUGUCUGAAAAGCAGUGAAUACUUUUUUGGGAUCUCUGUAACAAGUAAAACUGACUUCUUAAGCUACGCUAUUGCCUAUAUAUUUUUGUAACCUUACAAGGAAAGGCCUUCUGUCCAGUCUUCACAUGCACACGCCCUAGUUCCAGGUCUUGGGAGCCAUAUUCUGCAUUUGCAUGGAUAGAUGCAUGUAGACCUUAGCCUGCUAAAAGCACUUGUCUGAAGUUGUCCUUCACUCAGUACAGAGACCUGUAGAGCGAUUCCUUUGUUCCUCAGCCAUAGAUCCACACCUGCUUUCAGCACAGUUCCUUUCUUACAGCGAGGUGGUCUUGCAGAGCCAGCAGCAGGAGCUUGGGAGCCAGGCUACCUGCAGGCUACCUGCCGCCUUCACUGCCUGCGACUUGCAGGUAUUGUUGGCCAAAGCUGGAAAGCUGAGAAGCUGCCGAUGCGUCACUUGAUACAUAGGCAAACAUAAGAAUCAGACAAACUGUCCCUGUGGUAACCAAACUCAGGGGGAUACCAUUUGAAUGAAGUGCCGUAUUACGGAAAAAUUUAAGCUAUUUUGUGUGUAUGUGUUAGGAGUGGGGUGGAGCUUUCUCUGUAAUGCUGAGGCUGAUACUCCAGCCUUCUUUGUCCUGACAGGUAAAUCACUUCAGACAAAGCUUUAAUUUCUUUUGCACUUCUGUUUUGAGCUUGUAACUGGAAAAGCAUGUCUCGCACUGUUCAAUCUCCCUGGUCACUUUAACAACCUCAGAGUUGUAUACAGUGAUUUUCUUUUCUCAUCUGUAUAUUUUUGGAACCAUAUAUAAAUACCAUUGUCCUUGAUUUUGUUUUAAUGUACUAAACUACGUAGCUUUAUCGUUUGA